AUGAAGCCACACGUGCGAAGAGCUGUUCGAGCAUAUCUAGCCUUAGCGCUGUUUUAUCUCGUGAAUAACCUAUCCUUAUCAACUGCACAAGACGACUGUCUUCCAGGCAUUGGAGGAAGCGGAGAUUUGAAGUCUGUUGUCCUCAACAUACAGACAUGGGAACACCGAUCGUCCAACUUUCAUGUGAGUAUGAAUUUAUAUUGCAACAGUAUUCUUUAGCUUGUCACUCUUAGCAAAAUUCAAGAAAAGAGUCAUUCAGCAAAAGUGCUCGUUGACCUCGUUGUGUGCCACUGAUUCACGUCGACUUCUACGGAUGAAGAGGUUUCAUUCAGAUCAGUAGUCACGUCAUCACCAGUUUUCAGGUUUCUGUUUACGCAGACUCCAAUCGGCAACCCAAAAUUACGUUUGGAGUUCUUAUGGGUUUCCUUGCCAAAUUUUACUCUUAGUGAAUCAGCGAAUCACUACUGAAUCGGCAAUUUUUGGAAAAUAUCUGUUCGGAAGACAAUUUGAGAUCUAGAAUUUUCGGAACAUUUGUCGUAAAAUUUCUUGCUUGCCUGCCUCUCCUAGGAUUUUCGAACAUCUAAAAAAUGGUAUAAUUACUCAUUUUUAACGGAUUUUUACCUUAAAAAGGUAACCUAGAAUUUUCGGGAACCUUUUUUCUGGCUGAAAUUUUCGAAAAGGUAAGUUUUGAUCCCUAUAAUUUUCGGAUCACUAGACUUACAGCUAGGAAAUCCGAACAGAUGAAAAAUUUUUAGGGGAUAAAAAUAUGCCUAUAUUUACCGUUUAAAUACUAAAAUACGUUCAACAAUGCGAUGUUUAAGUGGUUUUGAACUAUAUUCUCGUUGGGUGCCCCUGACAACGGAUUAUUCAUACUGAGAUCGUGAAAGAAGCUUAAACGCACUCGAGCGAGAGCAGCGGGGGCGGUGGCCUUUGAUCGCCUGCAUGCAAAUGCCAAAUAGGCUAGGCUAACAACAAUCAUUGUGUCUUUAAAAAAAAAUUUCGAAUCUGAUUGGUUCUCAGCAGCCCUUAUAUGUUGCUUAAAAUUAUGGUUGAUGCAGGACCAGAACUGUCCAUUUUGAUCGAGCAUCAAAUGUUGCUAGCCAAUUUGUACUCCACUCUCGGGGGCGUAGCGCAAGGUUUUGAAGGUGUACGCACGGAAAGGAAGGUUGGACCCCAUAGGGGGUUCUGGGGGGCAUUCUCCCCCCGAAAUAUCUUUCAAAUUAGGGACUCAGAAAUACUAUUUCCUGCGUUUUCCGCAGGACAUUUUUUUGUAAAUAAAUACGAAGGGCAAUGCAAUAAUUAGUUUUUGUAAUUUUUACCUCUAGUGUUCUUCUCGGUAAGGUGCAAUGUUUACGGAAAAAGGUAAAACAUUGAAGCCAUCAAGGAGGUUACAAGCAAAGGGCGAGAUAUCUACCCUUCAGACGGGUAUAGACACCAAUAUAUGUGAAAGAUUUAUCGAUGGCCUCAAUGCUUUCAGGAAAUAAAUAUAUAUAAUAUAUAUAUUUUCCAGAUUUCAGCUGUAGCCACUGUCGUAUGUACGUAUAUGGACACUACGCCCCUGACUCUGUCCUAUUACGAGGGUCUGACCGAGGGUCUCAAUGUGGUGGUGGCUAUUACGGUUAUCGUAUCAACCUCGUUCCCAGGGUUCUCUCUCUUGCUUCGAGAAAGAAACCCUGGUUGCGGCGUUGGUUGCGGCUGGUCACGCGGAAAUGUCUGUCAAUAAACUGCGCAGCGGGGGUAGGUCCCCCACUAAAUUUUGUCGACUGGACGAUGAAAUACUAUCUGGGGUAGGGAGAAUAUUCUUGCUUCAAAAUAGCGCUUGAGUUUCUCAGUUGCGUGCAAACUGCGUUGCUUUCGGAUAGGUACGAUCCCUUUUUUUUGAAGGCAAAAGAGGUUAUUUUUUGGAGCGUUUGUACUUGCGUAAAGGUUUUUGCUUACCGUCCUGCCAACAGGAUAUGGAAAAUAUUUAGAUUUGAAGUUUUACCGUACUUAUUGAAGGACGAGGAUGCCAGAAAGCUGUCGAGCCAGGCAGGUCCUUUGGUUGAUUUGAAUGUUUCGCCUCUUAAUUCGUUAAUGUAUGAAUAGAUUAAUUUUCGGGUGUUAACAUUUAACAACAAAUACCAGCGCAAUCAGCUGAUAAUAAACUAGGCGGUAGACUCCUCUCGGGCCCCGACAUGCAGAGCAACUUUUGUCAUAGCGACAGUUUUUUUGCUCUUCUUCCCCUCCCUUAUUUUUUAUUUGGCUCCCAAAAUCUGGGAACCACUUGACCUGCCGCAACCAGGGUUCUUUCUCGAAGCUUGAGAGACGACCGUGGGAACGAGGUUGUUAUGGUAUAGCAGGCAAAUGCGUAAGUUUUUCACCUUGUGUUUAGUACUCAGAUAUUUUUUCUUGCCUUUUGUGUUUGGUUGCAGUUCGAUGAUCCAGUAAUGGUCUCAUCUAACACCUUCACGGUUUCAAAAGGUUUCGAAGUUUCCAGGCUGAGUGGCGCUAAUGUACGCUUCUACGGUGAAGAACUCUGUGUUGCCGUAACUAAAUAUACGGAAGUAGAACAGAACGAUGGAACGACAAAAACUAGCUCUAGUUGUCUUAAAUCCUGUCUCAGCGUUGGCGGUGCAACACGCCUAGACACUUACUCCGGGACAUUUGGCAGACCCUUAUCCACUAACCCUCCAUGCUGUUACAGGGGAUUGAUUAAAUAUCUGCGAUUUUCCAUCCCUGCACCCCCGACCACGCCUCCCCCCUCCUAUCAGUGCAUUGAAUGUUUCGACUGCGAUGGGGCUAGUACCAAGAUAUCAACGAGUACAUGCAAUGCCGGUGAGAAGUGCUUCACGUUGAAGUUGCAAAAACACCAGGAUGGCGAAGUGGUUAUUGUUAAAGGCUGUUCUCACCACCUCCGGAACUGGGGCAAAAAUCUGUAUUGCGAGGAGGAGUGUAAAAGCAAUGUGCGACUUUGGCCGGAUGAUAGCUACAGUCGCCACUAUAGUGUUUGUGUGUCGUGCUGCUCGGGGGAUAAAUGUAACGGUGAAAAAAGGGUUGAUUUUGGUGCUACUUUUUAUGGCCACAAUCGACACAUGAUGAUUUAA